AUACGUAAUAGGACACAACAUGUGUUCUGUGCUCUAACAUCAACAACUCUUGUGUGUACAUACAUAUGUAAUUAUUUAGAAAUUCGUAUAAAAAUCUAUUUUUUGAACGUUUCAAAAUUCCGUCAUGUGAUAGAAUUAAUCGUUAAAUUCGUUUAACGCGUAUUUGCAAUACAUGCAUAACGUUCAGCAGAGUGUAAUUUUCCUGCAACUUAUGUGUGUGUAUGUGUUUCCCUAAGAAUAUUCGAAUGUUCGAAUUAAUCACGAUAUUAAAUGGAAAGAUCAAAAUUACUUCUUGUCAUUGCAACUCUGGCAGGUGGAAUUGCAGCAAGCAUAACCUCUGCAAUCUUCAAUUCUGUCUCUAAGGAUAAAAUUUCUACAUGGAUAUUCUACUGCAAAUCAGGUGCCUGGCCGUCGACAUCGACCUCAGCAGAAUUUUCGCCACAAUUUUGUACCGAGUAUGAAACGCUUCUGAACAAUGUUUGGGGAUCGAUUGGAAUUCCGGUGGGACAAACUGGUCUCAUCAUUAUUUACAUUUUUACUUUGAUUUCGCUUAGCCGGAAAAACAUAUUUAUACUUCCAAUUUUCAGAUGGCGGACAAGUUGCGAUUGUUUUCCACAGGAUUUUGCAUCCUUCAGAUUUGUCUUGUCAUAUCGACCUUCGCCGUCGCUGUUGAUCCGGACACGAUAUGGAAAUCGGAGUCGGAUUCCGAGCUGUUUGGUCCCCUUAAAUGUGGCUGGACGUCUUCUCUCGUUUCGGCAGUGGUACAUUUCUGUGGCGUUAUUCUUAUCGCUUGGUCAUCACUGGAUAACCCGAGAGAAAAUGCGAAGUAAAAAAUUGUCCAAAUUUAAUUAUGUGGAAUGAGACAAAUUUACCAAACUCAACGCUAUAUAAUGUAGUCCAGAGAAUUUGUGAUCAUUGCAAUUAAUUAAUAUAUUUAUUUCUCUCUUCGAUAUGUGUAACAUUCAUUUCAUGAAAUAAAUUGUAAACGAUUCAUGUGUCUU